AUGUGUUCAGUGGCAGAAAUGGGGGCAUAUUUUCAGGAUGAUUUGCCAUUGAUGUCGGAGCAUCCACCUGAUUUUGAAGAAAAGGUGUCAACUUUGUAUGGAAAUGUCAAAGUUACCAUUUAUGGAAAUCGCAAAUUGAGUCCAAUCGUCACUUUCCACGAUAUGGGACUUGAUUCUGAAACGAAUUUUCAAAAUUUUUUCCAGUAUGCAACAGCCGGUGAAUUCUUGUCAAACUUUUGUGUUUAUAAUAUCAAUGCUCCUGGUCAAGAGGUAGAUGCGUUGCCGCUCUCCGAAAAUUACAUCUAUCCAACAAUGGAUGGUCUUGCUCAAAUUGUGGAAAACUGCGUUGAGCAUUUCAGACUUGCAGAAUUCAUUGGCUUAGGAGUGGGUGUGGGUGCUAACGUCAUGUUACGUUACGCACUUCAGAACCAGGUGAAGGUUGAUGCAUUAAUAUUAGUCAACUGUGUGGCCACAACUGCAGGUUGGAUUGAAUGGUUCUAUCAACAGAUAAAUAUGCGGUCUCUAAGAACUCGUGGAAUGACGAAUUUCACCGUAGAUUAUUUAUUGUGGCAUCAUUUUGGAAACCACAUCGUGCAAAGUCCAUUAGAUACUGUUCGCCGCUACCGAUCAUAUUUUCAACAUUUACCAAAUCCACAGAAUUUGGCAGCAUUUAUUGAAAGUUAUUUGAACCGAACAUCUAUUGUGUUUUCACGCGAUGGAACGGUGGGGCCAAAGUUGAAUGUACCAGUCUUGCAAAUUGUUGGUGGUGACUCAGCAUUUGUGGAUGAUUCGGUAGAAGUAAAUACUCGCUUGAAUCCGGCAGAUUCAGAAUGGCUCAAGCUGUCAGGAUCAGGUGGACUUGUUUUGGAUGAUAAACCGGAAGGUGUGGCUCAAGCAAUAAUUCUGUUUUUGCAAGGACGAGGUUAUGUUCCCACUACAAACGUACAGGACAUGGUGCGUAAAAUUUCCAUCCACUCUUCAUAUGAUUCCGGUGAUAUUAGUGAUGAUCUGUUGGCGACACUGAAGAAUGUAAAUGAAACAUGUUGA